AUGGACGCUCACUUUAAUCAAACGGUCAUCACCCUCGGAGGUCAUGUGGACGUGAACAGAUAUAGAUACCUUUAUUUCUUCAUCAUGCUGACAGUGUUUAUCCUCAUCCUCUGCUUUAACAUCACCAUCGUCUUCCUCAUCUGUAAACACAAGAGCCUCCAUGAACCCAUGUACGUUUUUAUCGCUGCUUUACUGCUGAACUCGGCUCUUUUCAGCGCCGCCGUCUACCCCAAGUUUUUAAUGGACUACAUGUCUGAGAAGCAGAUCAUCUCGUACCCGGCCUGUCUCUUCCAGUUCUACCUUCUGUACUCCUUAAGCGGGUCGGAGUUCUUACUGUUGGCGGCCAUGGCCUACGACAGAUACGUGUCCAUCUGUGAACCUCUGCGGUACCCGACCAUCAUGAGGAGAACCACCGUCAGUGUUUUCUUGGCUCUAGCGUGGCUCGUACCGGCCUGUCAGACAGCCGUGUCGGUGAUCCUGAGCGCCGAGAUGAAACUCUGUAAUUUCACUUUAGAGGGUGUUUUCUGUAAUAAUCUGAUUUACGCUCUCCACUGUGAGAGAUCCACAGCUCUGUCUGCGUUCGGCCUUUUCGCUCUGGUGGAUUCUGGACUCCUCCCGAUGCUCUUCAUCCUCUUCACCUACACCAGGAUCCUCCUCAUCUCGUAUCGCAGUUGUAAAGAAGUCCGUAAAAAAGCCGCACAGACCUGUUUGCCCCAUCUGUUGGUGUUAAUCAGCUUCUCCUGUUUCUGUGCGUUCGAUAUCCUCACAACUCGAGUUGGAGCGGAUUUUUCCAAGACUGUACGUUUAAUAAUCACCUUACAGGCGGUUUUAUACCAUCCGCUCUUUAACCCGAUCAUCUACGGACUGAAAAUGAGAGAGAUCUCCAAACAGCUGAGGAGACUCUUGUGUCAGGCUCAGGUUUGCUCGUGUAUCAGGUGA